GGCUUCCCCUGAUGUAUAACAGCUGGCUCAGGGUAGCAAAUUAGUAGCUGAUGGUCUUUAUCUGCAGGCCCUGAAAAUAGCUUUCAUCAGGUGACUGCUGUGUUGCAGGCAGCUGUGAAAGAAGAGGCCUGCCCCAUUUCUGUUUCCUUUCCCCGGGCUGGGUUGGCAGUCCAGAAAGCGAGUGGAUUUCUCUAGGAGCAGUACUUAAGCUGUUUGAGACUCUUCCUUUCCGGUAGGCAGCAAGGAAGGAUGCUGCUACCUGUGACCAAGUGGUUAUGGAAGAACGAAUAUUGGCUUCCUCCAGGAUUCACCUGGGAGGACAUGAAAGACACCGACGAGGUCUACUACCCUCACCCCCAUCACCUCCUCCUCAGCAUCCCUUUCGCUUUCCUCAUCAUCGUUGUGCGGCUGGUCUUUGAAAGGGAUAUCGCUGUGCCCCUGAGCAGAAGACUGGGGAUAAAGGAGAAAGUGCAAAAGAAGCCUUCUCUAAAUGUCAUCCUAGAAGCCUUUUACAACAAGCACCAAAAGGGACCAGAAGAGAGGGAAUUGAGUGGUCUAGCCAAGCAGUGCGACCUGCAGCCCCGCCAGGUGGAGAGAUGGUUUCGAACCCGACUCAGACAAAACCAGGCCAGCCUGACAAAGAAAUUCUGCGAAGCCUGUUGGAGGAGCAUCUAUUAUAUAAUUUCCUUUACCACAGGCCUGGCUGUCCUGUACAACAAACCCUGGAUGUGGGACUCCCGCGAGUGCUGGACCGGGUACCCGCAGCAGCCGCUCGUGCCUUCCAUCUUUGUCUACUACAUCAUGCAGCUUUCCUUCUACAUGUCGCUGACCAUCACCCUCCCUUUUGACGUGAAGAGGAAGGACCACAAAAUGCAAGUUAUCCACCAUUGCGCCACCAUCUUCCUCAUCGGCUUCUCGUACUGUGCCAACUACAUCCGCAUUGGCAGCCUGGUCAUGAUUAUACACGAUGCUUCCGACUCUUUACUGGAGCCCACCAAGGUGUUCCACUACCUGAAAUGGCGCAAGAUUUGCGACACUCUCUUCCUCAUUUUCUCCUGCACUUUCCUCAUCAGCCGCCUGAUGAUCUUCCCCUCCAAAGUGCUCUACAACACAUACUAUUACUCCAUGGAACUCUACGAACCCUUUUUGGGCUACUACUUAAUGAAUGGUUCCCUGAUGCUCCUGCAGCUGCUGCACAUAUUCUGGUCUUUGCUUAUCAUCCGCAUGGUGUGCAGGUUCUUUGUGUGUGGCACGAUGGAAAGAGACUUGAGGAGUGACUCGGAAGACAGCGAGAAGGACGAAGAACCGAAAGCGCAGGAGAAGGAAGUCAAGAAAAACGGGUCCGCCCCAUCCAGCUACAUUAACAAAGAGACUCCCUUGCAACUGAAUGGCAACAGCCAUCCCACUAACAGCCAUACCAAAAUCAGAUAGCCAGAGCCAGCUCCAAUAACUGACCAGCCCUGAUCAAUUGUGCUCCAUGCCCUUCUCAGCUUGCCCUUGUUCCUCGUAGGCCUGGGAGGACAUAACCUUAGUGCGAUAGCCAAAAUCUCUGCUUCCUCCAGAACUGUGCACGAUUUUUAUCCCACGUUUUAUUUCCUGAGCUUGCGAUCGCCGGAGGAGAAAAAAGAAAAAGGGAUUAGCGAUGAAGUCAGUCCCGUUGGUUUUCUUGGGCCAGUCCUGAUGGCGGAUUGGCGGGGCUGACGCACCGCUAUUAGCUUAUAACCCACCUUGUAGAUAACUAGCUUUUUCUCCAACGGCAUAAGGGACUAGCAAACAGGCAAGUGAUCUCCAAUCAAAAACGCCCGAGCCGGGAGAUGGUGAUGCUCCGAGAAGCGGCAGAGUCUCCUUCUACUGCGCACAAGUCAGAAAUCCAUGUGAAAGGCUAGCGAUCCGGUGCCUUGGUGGGUGCGGUGGUGGUGGCGGUGGUGGGGAGUUGCAGAGGACAGUGAGGGGACCUCAGACCCGGCCACGGGAUGAACUUAACAAUGUUGUCGAAAGGCUUGUAUGGGUCGUUCGCAGUUCACUCUCCCCCCCCUCUGGGGGCGUGUGCAAAGAAGGUCAUCGUGUCUCGUUGAGACAAAAGUCGGAAAAGCGGAGGAGAAAGAAGACGGGGAAACAGAUGGUUAAUCUUAAUCCUUUGAAAAGGGCAUUCUGAGCAAGCACUGGGAAAACGGUCGGCUGGGAAGAAUACGGAUAUGUUCUUCCCCUGCCCCUGGAAGGAGGGGUCUUACGCCCAGCCCAGAUGAAGCACUGGAAGAUCCAGGAGUUAAUCAUCAGUGUGUUUUUCUUUGUUCAUUUGCAGCCGUAGGCUGGAGCUUUUGUUUGUAGUGGGAACUCCUUUGCAUAUUAGGCCACACACCCCUGAUGUAGCCAAUCCUCCCGCAGCUUACAGUAGGCCCUGUAAGCUCUUGGAGGAUUCGCUACAUCAAGAGUGUGUGGCCUAAUAUGCAAAGGAGUUCCUGCUACAAAAAAAUCUAUGCAUAGGACUGUGAAGGGAGACCUUCACUCAUUCCUUUGUGCCACUUUCCACACCUCAAAGAGACCUCCCAAGCUGCUUCUUACUCAUUCAGGAAACUAUAUUGGUGCCAUACAGGUAGCCCAUAUGUCUCCCCAGUGGGGCUGAAGAGCAGUGUGGGGUAGCAGGUCAUUAUUUGUGCUUGUGAAAGAGUUCCUCUCCUCCCACCUGGCACCUCCCAGUCCUAAUUAGGACCACUCUUACUUAAGUCUGAUAUUUGAGAAGGGGAGAAGUGCACUGUAGAGCCAAUCCAGGGGUCUUCCAGUGUCUCAUUUUGCAGGAGACUUAGGUUGAGCCUGCAGUUUAUUCUCUUGUCCUUAGGAGGGUGGGAAAAUGGCUGUGUUUUUUGUCUCGCUUCCUGUCUCACAUGACUCCAUGUUUCUGGGACCGCCUCAAGCGCUUCUCAUCAAUAAACUUGUUUCAGAGGACAACGAA